UUAUACUCUUGUACACAAUAUAAUCAGGGAAAACGUAAUUUCUUUUUAACAAAAUUAGAUUGACAUAAGUGGCCCCUUUAUUUGCGAUAUGAUACGUUACUGAUAUACAUACAAACGUAAGAGUGAGAUCGACACCUAAGGUCGUGAAAAUGGCUUUACUAGCGAGAAACAUCUACAAAGUGUUUUCACAGACUGCUCAAAAGGGAGCUGUUAGAUCUCUACAUGUUGGAGCUGUGCGUUUACAAGAAUCUAUAGUUGAACAGGAAGGAAAAGUAAAAUGUACCCUCAUACCAGGAGAUGGUGUAGGGCCAGAGUUAGUAGUUGCAGUACAAAAUGUUUUCAAAGCUGCAAAUGUACCAGUUGAAUUUGAACCUUUCUUCCUCUCUGAAGUAAAUCCAACUUUGAGUGCACCUCUUGAGCAGGUAUCCAAUAGUAUUGCAAGGAAUCAAGUAUGCUUAAAGGGUAUUCUAGCAACACCAGAUCAUUCCCACACUGGAGAACUUCAAACAUUGAACAUGAAAUUACGUAAAAGUCUAGAUUUAUACUCAAACGUUGUUCAUGUAAAAUCAUUGCCAGGUGUUAAAUGCCGUCAUAAAAAUGUGGAUUGCAUUAUCAUCAGAGAACAAACAGAAGGAGAGUAUUCUGCUUUAGAGCAUGAAUCAGUGAAAGGUGUAGUAGAAUGUUUAAAGAUAGUAACAGCUGCUAAGAGUCAGAGGAUUGCAAAGUUUGCAUUUGAUUAUGCGGUAAAGCACAACCGCAAGAAAGUUACUUGUGUUCACAAAGCCAACAUUAUGAAACUUGGUGAUGGUCUCUUUUUAAAAUCAUGUCAUGAAAUUGCAAAAUUGUAUCCUAGGAUCACAUUUGAAACAAUGAUUGUAGACAACUGUACUAUGCAAAUGGUAUCUAAUCCACACCAAUUUGAUGUGAUGGUAUUACCAAAUUUGUAUGGUAAUAUUCUGGACAAUCUUGCAUCUGGAUUAGUUGGUGGUGCAGGUGUAGUUGCAGGUGCUAGCUACAGCCCUGAAUGUGUUGUUUUUGAACCGGGUGCAAGACACACAUAUUCAGAGGCUGUUGGUAAAAAUGUAGCAAAUCCCACUGCUAUGCUUCUGUGUGCUGUAAAACUUCUGCGUCAUGUAAACUUAAAACGUUAUGCUGAGCAAAUCAAAGAUGCGCUAAAUAGUGUUUUAAAUGAUGGAAAAGUAUUAACAAAAGAUUUAGGUGGACAGAGUUCUACAACAGAGUUCACUACUGCUGUGAUAAAUCAUCUUCGUUAAUGUUUGUAUGAUCUCUGUUAAUAUUAAAAAACUUAUGUAACAUAGGAUGAUAUAGAAAAGGAGUACUGUGUUCAUUUCACGUUGUAAGAAAUCUUAAAGAUGAGCAUGUUAAAUAGCAUAAUAUUAUCUCAUCACAAACUAUACCCAACUUGCUUUAAAUCUGAACUAUAACAACGAAAUUUUAUUUAAAAAAAUUACAUUCUGUGAGUAGAAAUAUUUAUGGUUUUCAUGUAACACGGUAUUUCUAAUUAAAAAGUGUAAUAACACUUUGUCAAUUGUACAAUAUUAGCAAAAUACUCGAACUGUUAAUAAAUUAUAUAUAGUCUUA